ACUCAGUCCAUUUUACCCGCGCGCCCAUUGCACUACUAUCUUGAUGUAAAGUAAAUUUCGUAUUCACUCGAACAGAUAUCGAACACCAAGUGGAAAAUCAAGAAAAAUCAACAUAACGCUUUACCCUGACUUUCUUCAGUUUUAAUCGAAUCUUUAUACAAAUACCGAAAUACCAGGUGUGUUAGUUAGUAUAUAUAAGUAUUAGAAUUGUUCAGGUCAGAGUAUCCCUUAUUAUUUGGCCUAUGACCUGGCCAAAAACCUCAAUUUUCUAUCUUAUUGUUACAUAUUAAAACAACUCCUUCAAGUUAUAGUUAAACUAAACUGUUUAUACAAGAAAAGAACCUAUCAAAUAUCUUCCAUUAUUUCCUUUCUACAAAAGCAAAGUAUAGUCCCCCAAAAAAUUAAAUCAAACACUUAAAGAAACACCCCUUUUUUUUCCAUCUUUUUGUGUUUUUUUUUUGUUGUUGUUGAUCAAGAAUGAGAAAUAUAGCAAGUUGUUACAAUGAACAUGCUAUAAAAGUAACAAAUUCACAUUGUUCCAAUCCAUCAAAUCAAGUAGUAUAUAACAUUCCUUCACUACAAAAUGUUGUUACAUGUAUUUACAAAGUGAAGAUUUCAUCAAUAGAGAAGCAACAAUUCUUGAUCAAAAUUACAUGGUGUUGUUUACUACAACAUGUAUUUUCAAUCAGUAUAAGUGAAAGAUACAUCAAGAAUUUCAAGAAAGUUGUUACAAUACUAGACAAGUCCAAAGGUUCACAAACAAUUGAAUUGUAUUCUUCAAGAUUCGACGUUUAUUGGGAUCUGUGCAACGCCAAGUAUGAAGGAGGUCCUGAACCAAUCAAAGGGUUCUUUGUGAAGAUAUUAGUGAAUUGUGAGGUGGGGUUGGUUCUUGGUGACAUGGGGCAUGAGUUUGAGUUGAAAAAAUUGAAUCUUGAUGACAAAUUUUCAAGAUUUGGAUUGGUUUCAAGAAAUGAACAUUUUUCAAGUAGUUCUGUAUUGGUAACUAAGGGUAAGUUUAGUGAUAAUGGAAAAUGUCAUGACAUCUUGAUCAAGAAUUCAUCAUCAAUGUUGUUUGUAUCAAUUGAUAAGAAAAGUGUGAUACAAGUGAAGAGAUUGCAAUGGAAUUUUCGCGGAAAUCAAACGAUAUUCUUAGAUGGAUUGGUUGUGGAUUUUAUGUGGGAUGUUCAUGAUUGGUUGUGUAAUCCAAAAUCUGGAUGUGCAAUGUUUAUGUUUAGGACAAGAAGUGGAUUGGAUAGUAGAUUGUGGCUUGAUCAAGAGAAGAAUUUGGAGCAACAACAAGAAGAAGAAGAAGAAAAAGAUGGAUUUUCUUUGAUGAUUUGUGCUACUAAGAGUCCUGAUUAAUUCAUCACAAAAAGAAAAACUAAUCUUUAAUCAUUAAAGUUUCAUUUUUUAGUUCUUUGUUUGUUUAUCUUCUGAAUCUUCUUCUUCCUUUUUGUUGAUGAAGAUAGGAAUGGUUUGUGUUGCUGACUUUGUUUAGAAUUUUUAAAAAUGUUAUUAGGUGUUUGUUUGAUUUUUCGAAUCUUUUUGAAGGAUUCGAUAGAGAUGUGACGAUAUUCUUGAUGUGUUCGAGAAAUAUAGGGAAUGGUUAUGACUAUUAUAAGGUGUUUGAUUAUGGAAUUGUAAAUGAAAAUUUUACUUUUCAAGA